AUGGGACCGGGAGAUGGUAUCGCCAAUCCCCGCAAGCGAAGGAAGCUCAGCCCGCGCAACGCUGCUCCCUACGUUCUCCAGCAGCUUCUCGAUAAGGUACCGUUGAUAACGGAAGAGACUGGGCCAGAUGUCCAUAUUACAUGCGUGGAAUACUGGAAUGACAACCUCUACAUCGGAACCUCCGUCGCGGAGAUCCUGCACUUCGUUGCUCUUCCCGCAGACCCAUCGGAUGCUACAGACGACAAGACCUUCAUUCUAGCGUCGAGAUUGCCCAUUGUAGGGUCUCAAAAUGCCCCUACAGGGACGCAACCUCGUGGGAUCCAGCAAAUACUUCUUCUCCCCCGCGUUAACAAGGCCUGCAUCGUCUGCAAUGGCGUCGUCACUUUCUACACGCUGCCGGAACUCAGCCCGGCAUUCGGGAAUACGAAGGUCCCCAAUUGUAAAUGGAUCGGAGGCCUCGAUCUGAACCAGAGGAUAGAUGACACAACUGCAGAGAAACCGGUUAUCAUGGUGGCCCUGCAGAGCAGAAUCAUGCUCGUCAGGAUUGGAGAUGAUGUGCGACGGGUCAGAAACAUUGAGUUUCCAGGAUGUCUGGUCGCGUCGCGGAGAAACACAAUCGCCUGUGUCGCCGAUGGAUAUUCGUACUCUCUACUCGAUGUAGAGCACCAGCAAAAGAUUCCUCUGUUUCCGAUAUCGUCUUCUAGCGAAGUCUUCCAGUCCGGGCACGUGGAAGAUAUCCCACCCAGGCAGUAUCACUCACCCCAAAGGUCAGGCACACCAUCAGGGAAUUCUCCUGGUCACAGACGAAGCGACAGUUUGAAUGCGCCUUUAGAUAGUCUAGGAGGACGUCAGCGCAGCCCUCACGGUCCCGGCAGAUCUGGCGCUGGGACACCAGACCCUUUUAUGGCAACGGAGACGUCCAGCAGAUCAACAUCUCAGGACCGUAAAUCUCCUAGCCCAGCAAAAGAUCUCCCAAGUCCUCCAGCUGAAGAAUCGCAAGGCGCCACUGCCAACAAACAAAAGCCCCUGCCGCCUCCUCCAAAAGUGUCCUCGGCAACGCUGAAGCCACACAUUGAGUCUCCGACACCCUCUGAAUUCCUGCUAGUUACGGGGACAGAAGCCUCGGAGCCUGGAGUUGGUAUGUUUGUGAAUAUGGAUGGCGAUGUCGUCCGUGGCACAAUGGACUUUCACAGGUAUCCAGAAGCGGUUGCCGUCGAUAGUACGCAAAAUAAUGGCGAGGAACAACCAAGUACCGGCACCGAAGAGGGCUUUGUACUCGCUGUCGUAGAAGUCAACGAGGAUGGGAAACUGCGCAAACGCAUUGAAGUUCAACGAUGGGACAUCGAUCCGGGCGAAGGAGAGAGGCAAAAAUCAUGGGUCGAGAUACCGGCGCCAGACGAUGCUCCAGUACCACCGGUUGGCAUCCGUCAUACUAUGAGUUCAAGCCAAAUCGGUCUCCGGAAUGUCGAGGAAUUGCUACGUAUGGUCCGACUGAAGACUCCUCCGCCACGUCUUUCGGCCCUUCCGGCGGACCCUCGGACCCAGGAGUCUAUAGAGCAAUUGCAGAAGGAGAAAGAGCUGUUCGAGUCCCAGGAACUCAACGAUUCUGACGGCCCUAAGAAGGGUCAGGCUGGGUCGCAGCGCAGCUGGGAGGUGGAGCGUAAUAUAGAAGAAGCUAAAUUUGCGCGUGGAUUAGGUGUUACGCGAAGCAGUCUCAUCAUGUGGUCCGGCGACCAAAUCUGGCGAGUGCUGAGGAAUCCUCUCACCGUUCAACUCGACAACGCUCUUGGAGCGGCGCGCGAGUCGGCAGACAAUGAAGAGACUGCCAUCGAUAGAGAGUCUAUCAGGAGCUUGAUAGAUUCCAUUCAGGACACGGAACCACGAACUGAAGCCGAAUUUCUUGGUCUCAAUUAUAUUCGACAGAAAGCCAGUCUCUUGCUUUUCGCAGAUCUCAUAUCCAUGGAACCACGCGUCCGGAAUGAAAGCGUGAUAAGGUCUACGGAAGAGGUAUUGGUGAGUGGAGGAAUAGAUCCAAGAAUCGUCUUGUUGAUGAUUCCGCUACUGCGGUCUGAAGUGCUCCAAGGACCGCAAGGCAUCUGGGUCCACCAUGGACUCGCUGCAGCCGCCGAGCCUCACAUAGAAAUCUCGGAAGAUGGACAAGGUACACAUCCAAAGCCCUUGGAUAAUGCAGUUCUCGAUAUGAUCAAACAGUAUCUCCUCUCGUGGCAGCGCAAGAGAGGGUAUGGCAGUAUUACGGAUGAGAACUUUGUCUUUGACAGCGUCGAUGCUGCUCUUCUACAUCUACUUUUGGAGCAGGACUCUCAACUCAUGAAGCGAGGAGUGCCGUCUGUCAGUGUCCGAGCCGAGCUGAACAAACUAGUCGACAACUGGAAAGGCAACUUUGACCGCGCAGUGGAGCUCCUCGAAGCAUAUAACAGGCUCUUUGUGCUUAGCCGGCUGUACCAGAGCCGAAAGAUGUCCAAGAACGUAUUGAAGUCGUGGCGCCGAAUCGUCGAAGGCGAGAAAGACCUUGGCGGCGAGGUCACACCGGAGGGCGUUCAGAUACACAUGCGCAAGUAUCUGGUGAAGAUCCGAGAUACGCAACUCGUUGAAGAGUACGGAUCAUGGCUUGCCGCUCGGCAUCCAGCUCUUGGUAUCCAAGUCUUUGCGGAUGAUAGCAGCAGAGUCAAGUUGGAGCCGGCGGAGGUUGUCGCGUUGCUCAAAAAGCAGGCUCCAAACGCGGUCCAGGUGUAUCUAGAACGCCUGGUCUUCUCGAAAAACCUCACUCAAUACGCUGAUGACCUUAUUGCGUAUUAUCUGGAUACUGUGAUAUCCGUGCUGGACUCGUCUCCUGCCGCUCGGGAGUCGUUAACAGAAUCCUACGCGACAUACCGCGCUCUUCGGCCGCCGAAGCCCUCCUAUCUCAACUUCAUCACGGAGAAUGCGCCGUCUGAACCUUGGUGGCAAUCUAGGCUACGACUUCUUCAACUUCUCGGUGGUGGUUUUGGUACUCGGUAUACGGCCAUGCCUGCGCCUUCGAAUUUAUCUUAUUCCAUUCCUACAGUCCUUGCUCGAAUUGAGCCAUAUCAAAACGAGCUUGUCUCAGAGUGCAUAAUCCUCGACGGUCGCCAGGGCCGUCAUCAGGAAGCUUUGCGUCUCCUGACUCACGGUCUCGGGGAUUACGACUCUGCCAUCCGAUACUGUCUUUUCGGCGGUCCUUCCAGUACCGCAUCCGCAGACGCGCCAGUUGAACUGCCUAAAGUAUCCGAUCAAUCGGGUCUCUUCAAGCACCUCCUAUCCGAGUUCCUCCGCAUCCAGGACCCUUCCGACCGAAUCGAACGGACCAGUGACCUCCUGUCACGCUUUGCGUCCUGGUUUGACGUCGGCGAAGUCCUCGCUCUCGUGCCCGACGACUGGAGUGUCGACAUCCUCAGCGGUUUUCUCACACACGUAUUCCGCGACAUGGUAUCGCACAGCCGCGAAGCGAGACUGCAGCGCGCACUCAGCGCGAGUCUCAACCUGCAAGUCAGCGUAGCCUACAUCGAAGGGACUGAGAAGGUGGGCGGCUGGAUCGAGGACGACGAAGGCCUACGAGCAUUGAAGGGCGGACCGGCCCCGGUUCCACGGGAGAUCGACGAUGGUCAAAGCGACUUUGGCGAUAUGGUCAGUGCUGCGCGUGAUGUCACUGGCCAGUGA